AUGUUGAUCGUCGCUAUCGUAUCUUGCUUGAUCGUCGGAUCAUAUGCUCAAUCCGAUUCAAGGGGAUCCUGUCUAAACUUCAUUGCAGUUGAUUUCGAUCCUUACCAAGGUGGUGGUGCAUGGUGGGAGUACGCAGCUACCUACGAUCCCUACUACGGUGAGCUAAGGUGCAUAAUUGAAAAUUGGGGUAUACCGGACGGUAAUAGAACUAGCUUGGUGACUACCGCAAUUGACGUAAAUACCGGCAAUCAAGUGGUAACCGAAAGCAGAUACACUAAAGACAGGUACAAUAAUAAGUUACACGUUGUUAGCCCCUUGCCACUCUUUGGAAGACAGACUAUUGACUUUUUUGAUAUGGAAGAUGUCUACAAUGAUUAUAUAAUAACCUCAUACUGUAUGAUCCAGGGUUCGAGAAGUGUGCCAGUUGUCCUUAUCCUGACUCGCUCACCGAAUCCAAGAACAAAUGUGAUUGCAAGAGCCCAACAAGUAGCCAGACGAAGGGGUGUACCAGUCGGCAAAUUUAUUCGCUUUGAUACCAAUUGUAACUAA